UGGCUGUCACAGGUUCGGGUUCUGGGCAGCCACAAUUCAUUUCGAGCACCGGAAACCGAAGCCUUUCAAAUGCACCGCUCAUUGAGAAUUCAGAUGCUAAUCAAAUUGUUGUGCCUGAUAGGAGAAGCUGGAAAAAUUUAUUUGCAUACAUGGGACCUGGGUUUCUGGUUUCCAUUGCAUAUAUAGACCCAGGAAACUUUGAGACAGAUCUUCAGUCUGGGGCACAAUAUAAAUAUGAGUUACUUUGGAUCAUAUUGGUGGCAUCAUGUGCUGCUCUUGUAAUUCAAUCAAUGGCAGCCAAUCUUGGGGUAGUCACUGGAAAACACUUAGCAGAGCAUUGUAGAACUGAAUAUCCCCGGGUGCCCAACUUCAUUCUUUGGAUCAUUGCUGAAAUUGCCAUAGUGGCCUGUGACAUUCCUGAAGUAAUUGGAACAGCCUUUGCAUUGAACAUGCUCUUCAACAUACCUGUGUGGAUUGGUGUUCUUCUGACAGGACUCAGCACAUUGAUCCUCUUAGCAUUACAGCAAUAUGGGGUUAGGAAACUUGAAUUCUUGAUUGCAUUUCUAGUAUUUACAAUUGCUACAUGUUUUAUGGUUGAGCUUGGAUAUGCAAAGCCUGAUGCUAAAGAAGUUCUGAAAGGUCUUUUUGUUCCAGAGCUAAAAGGGAGUGGUGCUACUGGUCUUGCAAUUUCACUCCUUGGAGCUAUGGUUAUGCCGCACAAUCUCUUUCUGCACUCAGCACUGGUGCUUUCUAGGAAAAUACCACGAUCAGUGCGGGGAAUCAAAGAGGCUUGCAGGUUUUACAUGGUAGAGAGUGCCUUUGCUCUCAUGGUGGCCUUCCUCAUAAAUGUUUCUGUUAUUUCUGUAAGCGGUGCCGUUUGCAAUUCUUCAAAUUUGAGUGCAGAAGAUCAAAUAAGUUGUCAGGAUUUGGAUCUGAACAAAGCCUCCUUCCUACUUAGAAAUGUCUUGGGGAAAUGGAGUUCAAAACUGUUUGGAAUCGCUUUGCUUGCAUCAGGUCAAAGUUCUACUAUAACAGGAACCUAUGCAGGGCAGUAUGUCAUGCAGGGAUUUCUUGAUUUACGACUGACACCAUGGAUUCGGAAUAUGUUAACCCGUUGCUUGGCCAUAGUUCCUAGUUUGAUUGUUGCAGUCAUUGGUGGCUCUGCCGGGGCUGGGAAGCUCAUAAUAAUUGCGUCUAUGAUAUUAUCAUUUGAGCUUCCUUUUGCUUUGGUUCCACUCCUCAAGUUCACAAGCAGCAAAACCAAGAUGGGGGCACAUGUCAAUUCCAUUGCGAUUUCCUCUGUUACUUGGAUAAUUGGUACCCUCAUUAUGGUCAUUAAUAUAUACUACUUAAUGACUGGCUUCAUCAAGCUGCUGCUUCAUAGUCAUUUAAAAGUUGUGGCCAGAGUGUUUCUUGGGAUGUUAGGAUUUUCAGGUAUGGCAGUAUAUUUGGCUGGUAUAACAUAUCUAGUGCUUCGCAAAAAUAAAGAGGCCACACACCUUUUGGCUCUAACAGCACCAGAAAAUCAACAAAUGUCAAAUGAACAAGGCAAUGGAUCAAUCAUUUGUCUUCCAAGAGAAGACAUAGUAAGCAUGCAAUUGCCUCAAAGAAGUAGUCCUGCAGAUCUUGACUGACAAAUAUGUCUCAAUAUGGUAGAAAAGCAAGAUAGACUCUGAUAAAUAAAUACCAUUCUGUUAAUUUCUAGAGUUGGUAAUAUUGGACUAGUAUCAAAUUGAUAUCUGCUAUCAAUUGGUUGGUAUUGCUAAAGCUUUUGAUUUUGUGUGAUUUUUUCUUGUGGUUGGGAACUUGCAUGGAAGGACUUUCUAUCCUUCACAUUCUUGUAGUUGACAUUUAGACAAAAUUUCUAACAUCUUAUCACAAGAAAAAGUACUGUUUAUUUUUGUACAUUUCU